CACCGCUGGCCCACGCUGCCCCGCUUCCACGCCUGAGUUCACACUCAAGAGCUGCGGCCUUUCCCAGUGCUCCGUCAUUGCAGAACUCCCGGGACGGCCGAACUGGGGUUGGAGAGCCGGGAUGCAAGGGACUGAGGGGGCAGGUGGCAGGUCCGGAGAGCGACACGUGCGUGUGCCUGUGGCGAGCAAAAGGCGCUAAAGAGAUCCCUUCUGGGAUGAACACAGAACACCGAGAGCGGAGAGCAGCAUAGAGCUCAGGUUCUGCCAGGUGAUCUGUAAGACAGUGACUGAGUAUGGAUCAUUUGAACGAGGCAACUCAGGGGAAAGAGCAUUCAGAAAUGUCUAACAAUGUGAGCGAUCCGAAGGGUCCACCAGCCAAGAUUGCCCGCCUGGAGCAGAACGGGAGCCCACUAGGAAGAGGAAGGCUGGGGAGCACAGGUGCAAAGAUGCAGGGAGUGCCUUUGAAACACUCGGGCCAUCUGAUGAAAACCAACCUUAGAAAAGGAACCAUGCUCCCAGUUUUCUGUGUGGUGGAACAUUAUGAAAACGCCAUUGAGUAUGAUUGCAAGGAGGAGCACGCGGAAUUUGUGUUGGUGAGGAAGGAUAUGCUUUUCAACCAGCUGAUAGAGAUGGCGUUGCUGUCUCUAGGCUAUUCGCACAGCUCUGCUGCCCAGGCCAAAGGGCUCAUCCAGGUUGGGAAGUGGAACCCAGUUCCACUGUCAUAUGUGACAGAUGCCCCUGACGCUACGGUAGCGGAUAUGCUUCAAGAUGUGUAUCAUGUGGUCACACUCAAAAUCCAGUUACACAGUUGCCCCAAACUAGAAGACUUGCCUCCCGAACAAUGGUCGCACACCACAGUAAGGAAUGCUCUGAAGGACUUACUGAAAGAUAUGAAUCAGAGUUCGCUGGCCAAGGAGUGCCCCCUUUCACAGAGUAUGAUCUCCUCCAUUGUGAACAGCACGUACUAUGCAAAUGUCUCGGCAGCAAAAUGUCAAGAAUUUGGAAGGUGGUACAAACAUUUCAAGAAGACAAAGGAUAUGAUGGUUGAAAUGGAUAGUCUGUCUGAACUGUCCCAGCAAGGCACCAACCAUGUCAACUUUGGCCAGCAGCCGGUCCCAGGGAACACAGCUGAGCAGCCGCCAUCUCCUGCACAGCUCUCCCAUGGCAGCCAGCCCUCUGUCCGGACCCCUCUUCCGAACCUGCACCCUGGGCUUGUGUCAACGCCUAUCAGUCCUCAGCUGGUCAACCAACAGCUAGUGAUGGCCCAGCUGCUUAACCAGCAGUAUGCCGUGAACAGACUCCUAGCCCAGCAGUCCUUAAACCAGCAGUACCUGAACCACCCUCCCCCUGUCAGUAGGUCCAUGAAUAAGCCUUUGGAGCAGCAGGUUUCAACGAACACGGAGGUCUCUUCAGAAAUCUACCAGUGGGUGCGGGAUGAGCUGAAACGAGCGGGGAUCUCCCAGGCAGUGUUUGCACGCGUGGCUUUUAACAGAACUCAGGGAUUGCUUUCUGAAAUCCUCCGAAAGGAAGAGGACCCCAAGACUGCAUCCCAGUCUCUGCUGGUAAACCUUCGGGCUAUGCAGAACUUCUUACAGUUGCCAGAAGCAGAAAGAGACCGGAUAUACCAGGAUGAGAGGGAAAGGAGCUUGAAUGCCGCCUCGGCCAUGGGUCCUGCCCCACUGCUGAGCACUCCGCCCAGCCGUCCCCCCCAGGUGAAAACAGCAACUCUUGCCACUGAGAGGAAUGGGAAACCAGAGAACAAUACUAUGAACAUCAAUGCUUCCAUUUAUGACGAGAUUCAGCAGGAAAUGAAGCGUGCUAAAGUGUCCCAAGCACUCUUUGCAAAGGUUGCUGCCACAAAAAGCCAGGGGUGGUUGUGUGAGCUGUUACGCUGGAAAGAAGAUCCUUCUCCAGAAAACAGGACCCUGUGGGAGAACCUGUCCAUGAUCCGAAGGUUCCUCAGUCUUCCUCAGUCUGAGCGCGAUGCCAUCUACGAGCAGGAGAGCAAUGCUGUGCAUCACCAUGGCGACAGGCCGCCCCACAUCAUCCAUGUUCCAGCAGAACAGAUUCAGAGCCCCUCUCCCAGCACCCUUGGCAAAGGAGAGAGUAGAUGCGCUUCCCUACCAGGCCUGCUGACCCCCGCACCAUGGCCCAGUGCUGCUCCUCAGCAGCAGCAGCAGCAACAGCAGCAACAGCAGCAGCCGCCACCUCCUCCUCCUCAGCCGCAGCCCCAGCCCCAGGCAGGCCCCAGGCUGCCUCCACGGCAGCCCACGGUGGCUUCCUCUGCAGAGUCUGAUGAGGAAAACCGGCAGAAGACAAGGCCACGAACCAAAAUUUCCGUGGAAGCCCUGGGGAUCCUUCAGAGCUUCAUCCAGGACGUGGGCCUGUACCCGGAUGAAGAGGCCAUCCAGACUCUGUCUGCGCAGCUCGACCUGCCCAAGUACACCAUCAUCAAGUUCUUUCAGAACCAGCGGUUCUAUCUCAAGCACCACGGCAAACUGAAGGACAACUCCGGCUUGGAGGUGGAUGUGGCGGAAUACAAAGAGGAGGAGCUGCUGAAGGAUUUGGAAGAGAGUGUCCAGGAUAAAAACGCCAACACCCUCUUUUCUGUGAAGCUGGAGGGAGAGCUGUCCGUGGAAGGGAGCACAGACGUUAACGCUGACUUGAAAGACUGAGAAUUUUUGUUUCAGCUGUACCACUGGUAUUUACUAACAAAACGAAAAGUCCAUCUUGUGUUCACUCAGAAAGCGUUCAUUGUUUAUUGUUUGGCCGAUGAAUCUUCAGAAACUUGCACAAACAGGAAGUUGGAAGGACAUGACAGGCAGCACGAAAGGUUUUACUGUUUUCCCGGACUGCGUGGCAGCCCCAGUGAAGCGUCAAGGGUUGUCUGAUGGCAGAAUUUGUGUUCAAGGGUUGCACUGUGGUGUGUGUGCACCCUGUCAGCAUGAUACCAGAGAUUGGUUUUCCUUUUAAUUAAUAUUAUUCUGGAGCCUCAAAUAAGCAUUAUAACUUCUGUGAUUAUGAUUGCCUUUUCUUUAAUUAUUUCUGUAACACUCCACACUGGUCUUUGGAAACUGACCCCUUAUUUUAAAGAGAAAAGGAAAAAAAAGUUUGUUACUCGAUUGUAUGUUAAAAAAGAACUAUAGACUGUGGACUGCAGUUUAAAGAUGACAUAUGCCAACAAAUGCCUUGUAUUAUAUGGCACUGCCGUAAUUAAAAUUUGUGUUUUUAUUUUGGAAAUAAAAGUUCACUGUAAUUUUUUUUCAUUCUCAUUGUUACAUGAUUCAUUGUUACAUGAUUUUUUUUUUAAGGAAAGAAAAUGUGAAACACAAUUUAGUCCUGGUUAUUUAUUUGUAGAUCCUGCAGCAUCAUGUUGUAAUUAAGUUUCUAGAAGUUUCUGUUAAAUGUAAUGUUGCUUCUCUUGUUACCAUACUGUUUUCCUUUCUAUUUAUAACUGUAUUUUGAUGGGCAGUAAAACAAAGUGUCUUAAAAGUUUAAAUAGAGAAAAUGUGCUUUACACAGUUGCCUAUAAAAGUCUGUUAUCCGAGCAAUUCACUCUAGAAGCUUCACUCUGUUGUCGUAUGCAAUUUUUACUAUCAUGCAAAUAAGCUUAGGUAAAUAAAACUAAUAGAUCACCUUAGAAAAUUAUGCAAUUAAUGUGAAAAUAAUUGAUGUUUGCAAUGUGUCUUCCUUUGGUUUACAAUCAAUUUUAAAGCGACAUCUGUAUAAAAUUUCUGUAUAAAGGUGUAUUUCUUUUUUAUGAGUUUAUGACUAUGAAAACACCAGCUAUUUUGUUACAGCUGCUGUUUUUAUAAGUGUAUCACAAUUUUCUUUAUGCAGAAAUGUGCUUAUUAGGAGUGGUUAUUGACUGUAACUACACGAUUAAAAUUGUUUGUAUGGUAUGCCACGGCAGGGUCCGUCUGCUUAUGUGACCAAGCUCAAGGGGUGUGUCACGUGGGUGGACGCUCUCUUGAUAACCUGUCAAAGAACUACUGGAACUCUGGAGCGAGCUCUGGAAAGAGCAGCCGAACACUCACCUGAAGCACUAAGUUCAAGUCACACACAUGCUCAGUUUUAAGCAGGUAUGAAAUUUCACAGUACAGAUGAUAGUUGGCUUUGCUUACUAUACAGGACAGAGACUCCAACAGAAACAUGAAUUACUCUAGCAGUUAAGUACUUGGAAUGGCUAUAUCUGCUUUUUUCUCACAAUCCUCCAAUUAUGGCAGUAGUUUUCUUUAAGAUGGGUUGUGUUUUUCAACAUCAUUAAUAAUAUAAAUAAGGGAACAACCGAGCCUGUGUGAGAACCCCUAAUAUUAACCUUUUUGGGGGAGGGGGUGUUUUGUUUAGAUUUAUUUGACACAUGAUAAGUAGGGAAGGUAAAAUACCCUGCGUUCAUUUGGCCUCCUUUGUCAAAAUGUAUCUACAUGAAGAAAGUAAGAGUAACCCUGCUAGAAUCCAAACAUGGUCUAAACUGCUGACCAUACUGCAGUGGCGGGCCAGGUGCAAACAAGGAGUAUUGUGCUCUGGAAAAAGAAUUUUUUUUUUUAAUUUUUGUUUAUCUGUUUGUCUCUUGUAGCCCUUUGUUAGUUAAUUGGGGUAUUUGGGUUCAUGGAGCCCGGGGCUCUGAGCUGCCCUCCCCCCACCCAAGAGCAUUUCCUCAGGCGGGGUCUGUAUGGAAACUCCUCUAUGGCUCCAGUGGGAAACCCAGCUGAGCGGUGCAGAAGGCCGCUCCUGUUGCAAACUAAUUCCAGUUCUUUGUGUUAGGUGAGAAAACAAUGCAAACUACCUUGUUUGCUGCAUUUCAGAAAAGUAAUCAUGUGAGCCAAAGGCAUUUGAAUCAAGAUGCUGUAAGCUAAAUUUCAUAUGUUAAAAAAAAGAAAUUAGCAUUUCACUAACUAAAGAUUGUCACCCACAUCCUCCUCUUCCCCAAGUUAAGAGUCAACAGAGGAUCAGAGAAAUUGUUUUUUGUUUUUUGUUUUCAUUUUAAACAGCCCAACACUUAGGACAUCAAAUAGGUAUAGAAUUUGGCAGCAUUUUGGAAGAUCUCCCCUAGGGAAUGACUGUGUUGGAAAGCAACACCAUUGUGCCAGCAAAAUUAUCAGAUCUUUUACAUUUAUGGUCUGCAUGGGUUUGUUAUUUUAAGAUAAAGCACAUGUUAGCAAAUGGGGCCGUGAUGGAGUGUGCAGAAUUGUUGAAGACAGCAUAUUUUGGAAGAUGUCUCCUAGUGACCCAUGUUGCUCCCCCAAUGUCAUUGUAACCCACGUCUUUCUUCUUCCUGUUGCCUAUGACUAUUGAUAAUUUCUUUAACAAGCUUCAUUGUGACCCGGUAUUUCGGAGAUGUUUACACACUGGGCAUGACAUAGUGCUUCGUGAUGUUAAGUCUUAGCAGAGUCAGAUAGUUUACGAGUAAUAUUCAGCUGUGUGCAUCUGAGUCUGUCAUGGAUUCCUUCACUCAGCACUUUGCCACUAAUUUGUAUGACACUUUGUGGCCAUAUAAUACUUGCAUAUUAUGCAAAAAAUGAUGUUGAUCGUAGCUUCCUGCCACACAUAUGCAGGGUUGACACGUAACCUUUGAAAGUGCGUGCGCCCUACUGUGUCGCACUUCGUAACAAAGUCUGUACAUAUGUACAAAAUGUGUAUUGACUGGUGUUUAGUAGGAAGACAUUCUGAGCUGGUGUCCACCCCUGGUAGUAUCUGUAGUUGACUAUGCUUAUCUGAACCACACAGCUUGAGUAGGAAAAAUUCCAGCAGCUCAGGAGUGUCCUGACACAAGUGUCCCACACAUGCUAUAUCUCAUUCUUCCUUAGUCCCAAUUGUUCACAUGUGACUGAUAACAUGAUCCUUGAUUGUCACAAUAUUUUCAAUAAAUGAGAUAUUAUGAA